AUGGAAACAGAGCUUCAGUCUCAGCUCAACCAAGGCAGCAGCAUGGUGCUAGUUGGAGGGCACCCUGUGUACCAGUCUUUUGAAGAGGAGCAGAGAGAUGAACUGAGACUGCUUGUGCUGCUGUCCUUCCAGAUCGAGAAACCCCUGGGAUUCCCAUGCAGCCCCGGGACCCCCUCCCUGUCCAGCCCAGGCUCCGUUCACAGCCUGAGACCCGCUGACAUCGCUGUAGUGGCUGGCAUCAGAGACUGGGAGCCUCAGGUCACCUUCCCUGGAAAUGUGCCCACUGAAAACAAUGAAACCACCCGGGUGCUGGAGAGGUUAACAGAGAUGCUACAAAUAUUUAACCCUGCAGUGACCAGGCUUCAGACUGAUUCCUUCCCGACCCCACUGUCUGAGCUGAGCUCUCUCCCUCAGCAAGCUCAGCAGCUCACUGACAGCUUGAGAAACAGCAUGGAUAUUGACUUUGAGAGAGACUGGAAGUUCAUCACAGUGUUUGUAGACCUGGAAGAGCUGUGUAACUUCUGUGACAGCGAGGAGAAGCCCUCCCUGGAGAAGGCAGUGAAGAGAGUGGAAGGAGCGCUGGAGAUUCUGUACAGGCAGGUCCCCAGAGCGUUGGUGAGUGUGGUUCUGCCGAGCACUCUGUCUGUCUCUGAGAGGAGGAUGCGCAGUGGAGAUAGUAGGGGGUGCGGAGUCUGUGCAUCUGAGCUGCUGGGGGGAGCUGGAAGAUUGAAUGAGGCAGUCCUCACAUGGGCAUUACAGGGAGCUCUACAGCAACAUCUGGUGGAUAGUGGGAGUUACAGCGACAGAGAGGAUUUCACUGUGGUCCUCCAUCCUACUCCAGACAUGUCACCACAGGCUGGGAGUGUCUCUGACUCUACUGUCCUGGACAGGAUGUCCCGAGUCAGCAGGAUCGCCCUGGAGCUGUGGGGCAGCAUGCUCCAGCCAAUGAGGGGACAGCCUGACACAGAGGACAGUGAUGACAUCAUCCACAUCCCAUGCCCCACUGAGGAUCGCCCGUUCCUGAGGACUCCCAGGAACACCAAGAGGGAUUCGCAAGCGUUUACACUGCAGGAGAUUUCCACAGCGCCCUCUACAGCAACAAAGGAGACUGGGAGCCAGCUGUCGUGUUCUGACCGACAACCAUCCACUUCCAUCCCCACAUCCGUUCACUCCCUCAGGCCUGCAGAUAUCAAAGUCAUAGGAGCUGUUGGCGACUCCCUCACGGCUGGAAACGGGAUUGGAUCCAGUCCUAACAAUUUGCUGGACAUUAUAACUGAGUACAGGGGCCUGAGCUGGAGUGUCGGAGGAGAUGGAUCCUUGAAUACAGUCACCACACUGCCCAAUAUCCUGCGACAGUUCAAUACCAGUCUGGAGGGAUUUUCUCUCAGGACCGGAAAGGUUGACUCCUCCAAUGCCUUCCUGAACCAGGCUGUCCCCGGGGCCACCAGUGUAGACAUACCAGGGCAGAUCAGGAAACUCAUUGACAUCAUGAAGACAGACAAGAGGAUAGAUUUCCAGAAUGACUGGAAGGUGGUGACACUCUUUAUUGGCGGUAAUGACCUGUGUCAUUCCUGUGAAGACAAGGUCUUCUAUUCUGCUUCAAACUUUCAAUCCAGAAUCCAAUCCGGUCUAGACAUUCUCCACAAGGAGGUGCCCCGUGUGUUUGUGAACCUGGUUGAGACGUUCCACAUCAUUCCCCUGAGGAAGCUUCACCAGGACACCAGUCUGAAAUGCCCCAGAUUUCUAGUGAACAUGAUCUGUGGCUGUGUGACGAAACCCCAUGAUGACUCCAUGGAGCUCAAGACGUUGUCUGAUCUCAACAGGGACUAUCAGCGUGUGACCCGCGAGCUGGUGGACUCAGGCCGCUACGACACUCAGGACAACUUCACCGUGGUGCUGCAGCCCUUCUUCAGAGAGGUGCAGAUCCCCCUGCUGCCGGAUGGGAGGGCAGAUCGCUCAUACUUUGCUCCUGAUUGUUUCCACCUCAGUCAGAAGGCUCAGUCUCAGAUUGCCCGCACACUCUGGAACAACAUGCUGCAGCCGAUCGGAAAUAAGUCUACUUCCCAGAACUUGGCUGUUGCCGUCAUCCUGAGCUGCCCGACACAGGAUGACCCCUUCUUAAGAACCUACAGGAACAGCAAGUACUCUUACCCAGGACCACUCCCCACACAGGCACCAAUCAAGAACUUUGGCAGUGACCUCUCCUGUACUGACAGAGCACCGUCCGAAAACAUCCCCACUUCAGCUCACAAACUGCGUCCAGCUGAUGUGAAGGUUGUUGCAGCUCUGGGAGAUUCGCUCACAGCAGGUUUUGGCGUUCGAGCGAACAAUCUGAUCAGCUUAUCGACAGAGUGGAGAGGGCUGUCUUGGAGUAUUGGCGGCAACAACAAUCUGGACACAGUGACCACUCUGCCCAACAUCCUGAAGCACUUCAACCCAUCUCUCAUCGGCUUCUCUACGGGCACAGGGAAAAUAAAUAGUGGCUUCAACAUGGCCGUCUCGGGGGCCAAGGCAGUUGACAUCCCGGAGCAGGCCAACAGGCUGGUCCAGGCUCUUAGGGACAGCCAGAAGGUGGAUUUCCAGAACGACUGGAAGCUAGUGACUCUCUUCAUUGGAGGAAACGACCUGUGCAGCUACUGCAAUGACCGGGAAAUGUAUUCAGUGGAAAACUACAUAAGAUACAUACAGGACAGCCUGGAUAUUCUCUACAGGGAGGUGCCGCGUGUCUUUGUGAAUCUGGUGGAGAUUCUGCAGAUAGAGGGGCUGCGGCGGAUUAAAAGCGACACGUUGGGCUGCACCCUGCUGCAAACGAACCUGUGCCCCUGUUCCCUGGUCCCGGGGGAGGAUUCUAUGGAGCUGAGUGAGUUCAAGAGAAUCAACAGGGAGUACCAGGAGGAGACGGAGAGGCUGGUGAGCAGCGGGCGUUACGAUGGCAGGGAGGACUUCACUGUGGUGGUGCAGCCCUUCUUCAGGAACUCCAUCAUCCCCCUGGCGACUGACGGAAAGCCAGAUCUUGAUUUCUUCUCUGUGGACUGUUUCCACUUCAAAGAAAGGGGCCAGGCUGAGAUGAGCAUCGAACUGUGGCACAACAUGCUGGAGCCAGUGGGACAGAAGCACACCUUCAAUAACUUCACUCAUGACCGCAGCAAGCUCAAGUGCCCCAGCCAGGAGAGACCCUAUUUCUUCACACGGAUGAACAGCUUCCCGGAUGCGAACCCCACUGCCGUGUCAACGACCCCCCCGAGCAUUGGGACAGACCGCUCUGUGGACACGGUGCCGCAGUGGGUUGCCAUGGUGACGGCGGGGGCGGGGCUGCUGGCCGGCGCUGUGCUGGCCGGACUCUUUGUGAGCUGGAGGGUGAGAGCCAGCUUGAAGCAGAAAGAGAAGGCGCUGGAGAUGAAGCAGAACGCCUUCUGAGACCCCCACCUCAAUUUACCCCCCCCCCCCUUUUAAUAGUAACAAAUACCAACACCCUAACACUUCAUCAGAGAUUGUGAUUGUAUUCAUAAAAAGAGAUGUGUUUCUGCUGUGUUAUUCAAGGUAAUAGUGAUAAUAGAUUUGGAGAUUUUACACUGUUUAUGAUUAAGCAAACAGCUUAAACAGCUAUAAGUGUAUCAUAGGCCAUAAAGAAUAGUUAUAUCCUUUCAGCCCCUUUGUCAGUCAUUUCCGUUGUAAAUUUUAUACCCCAGCACCUAGCCCAUCAAAGCUAUAAUCCUCUCUGCAGCUUGGACAAGUGCUAGACAACUGUUAGACCAAUGAUACAUACAAACCUGAUGAUCACAAUCCAGUGCAAAAAAAGGAGAACCUAUUUUCUUGUUUUACCUCAGAAUUCUGACAGUGUGUUGGACCCCACCCCCAUUCCAUUAUAGACACACAAGAACACUUAGAGGUAUUUGACUGUUAUUCGAUUGAAUAAUUGGAGAUCUUACAUUGUGGUGUGUGUGUGUUUCAUCUGUGCUGUUAAACUGCUUUGUCUCAGUGACAUAAAUCCUGUUUUUUCUUUCUUUUUUUUUAAAUAUAUAAAUAAAUCUGUUUUUAAAAUGCGAGGCUGUUGCAUUUAAACAAGAACAUGGGAUCUGCCUGUCAGAGAAACCCAGUUCUGUGCAGCAGCCUCAGUCAGCAACUAAAUGACUGAGUGUGCUGCAGCGUUCCAGUUAGUGCUCGCCACACAGCCUGUUAAAACAGGAUCUGCUCUGUUUCUAUAUAAUGCGGUCACACUUUAAGGAGAGCUGUUAACGGCUAGCUUACAAAGCACUUAAAAAAAAAAAAAGUACUAAAAAAGAAGAGAAUUACAGUUCAGCAGAAUGCCAUUGGCUAUCCUGUUCUUUUUUUGGGGUCACGUUUCUUUAUUGAAUCGUCUUUCUUUUUGUAAAGCGCUUUGGGGAGCUUCAUAGACUGGCAGAUCACCACACAAGAUUAACCCUGCGUUCGCUGGAGUUAUAAAGCUCUUCUCCAGGACUGUUCACAUGAAGUGCGUUCUUGGAAGAGGGUUUCCCUGUUUGUGACUAGUUUGUGUGUUUUGUGUUUGAAAGCCAUGUCUGGU